GAUAUAUUAAACACAAUUCUUACCCUUCAAACCACCAUCGAGGUUAGUGCUGGAUCAACAUGGCGGCAUGGAAGCUCCUCAGCACGGGCAUGGGGUUUCUGCAUUCGUCCUUGCCGAUUUGUAGACAGGCCUACAGAAGUUCACUUGGAGUGGUGGAGCAGGUCAGGAGCUACUAUGUUGACUGGAGGAUGGUACGGGAUGUGAAAAGGAGACAAAUGGCAUUUGAAUUUGCAGAUACAAGACUGCGCAUCAAUGCCAUUAGGAAGAAUACCAUUUUGCCAAAAGAGCUACAGGAGAUAGCUGAUAAAGAAAUAGCUGCACUACCCCGAGACAGUUGUCCUGUGCGCAUUCGCAACAGGUGUGUGAUGACAUCACGUCCUCGUGGAGUGAAGCGCAGGUGGCGUCUCAGUCGCAUUGUUUUUCGGCAUUUAGCGGACCACAACCAGAUGUCUGGAAUACAGAGAUCAAUGUGGUGAUCAGCCAUGGGAUUGUUCUAAAACCUUGUCUUGAAAGAGAAGAUAUUCUUGCAUAAAAUACAAAGACGUAGAGCUGUAAAACCAACAAGCACCUGCUCAAAUGUUGUAUUUUUUUUUCUACUAAAUUGGUUCAGAUUUCACAUUGUCACUUUGUUUUUGUUUUUUUCAUUUUCAAAUGAUGGCAAAUUAUGUAAGUUAUUUUAUUGUAGAUACAAUAAAAAGGUGUAA